ACGCAAUCUGCAGCGGAGGAGCAGACGUGAGUCAGUGAGAGACCAGACAACGGGUUGGCGGCAGCGGAGCUGCGUCGGGGGUCCUUUUUUCUGUCCUUGAGGCUGGAGAAGGGAGAAAACAUGACUGCUGGUUCAGUGUGUGCCCCUCAGAUCAUACCUCUGCGAGUGCCUCAGCCUGGAAAAGCUAACCAUGAAAUUGAUACCAAUACGCUUUUGGAAAUGAAAUCUGACACCCCAGAUGUCAACAUAUAUUAUACCCUGGAUGGCAGCAAACCUGACUUCCUCAAGAAAACUGGUUCUGGUGAAAAUAAUACAUUUAAAUAUAUAAAACCUAUUACUCUCCCUGAUGGAAAAAUACAAGUUAAAGCUGUUGCUGUCUCUAAAGACUGCAGACAGAGUGGGAUUGUCACAAAGGUGUUUCAGGUGGACUAUGAACCACCGAAGAUGGUCUCUCCUGAAGACAAUGUUGAAGAUGCUCUCAAGGGGUUCUCAAAGCAGGAAUUAAAAAAUGGGUUUGUCGGACCAAAACUAAGGAAGAAGUAUAAGAAUGCUGAAAAUAAAUCAACUUGGAACGUUAACCUUAGACAGCUUGCAGACCUCAAGAUAGACGAAAGAGCAGACCCUAAAACUCUGAAAGAUCUUCGCUUCUCAGAAAGGCCACUGGAAAUCCCAGCCUACCAUGAGGGAGCGAGUGCUCGAAUACAUACUCACCAGGCCCAGUCCCCUGGCUUUGCACACAUAACUGGCCAGAAGACUCUGACGAGCACUGAGAUCAUGAGGAUCCAGAGGGAGACAGACUUUCUCAAGUGUACCCACUGUCUGGCUUCCCGUCCAUCUGAUCCUUUUGCUCGCUUCUGUCAAGAGUGUGGCGCUCCUGUCCCACCCAUAUUUGGCUAUCGUCUUCCACCCCCAGAAGGGGCUCAGAUGGGCCUUUGUGCAGAGUGUGGCAGUAUGGUCCCCAUGAACACCCCCAUCUGUGUGGUGUGCGAAGCUCCUCUUGCUCCACAGCUGCGGCCACAGGCCAGCCUCUACUUGAAGGAGAGGGUGAUCUGUCGCACCUGUGGCACUGGGAAUCCUGCUCAUCUGAGAUACUGUGUCACCUGUGAGGGGGCCCUGCCUCCAACACAAGAGCAGUGGCUGUACAAUGGAGAUGAAGUCCCUCAUCCACCUACUCGAAAUGGGGAGACCAUUUCCUGCUCCAGAUGUGGCUGCCAGAACCUCUGGGACGCAUCAUUCUGUGACUGGUGUGGAGCCAUGCUUGGCAUUUCUGCUAGCCGCUCUGUCUGCCCAAAAUGUGGGGCCAGCAAUCACCUGACUGCCCGAUUCUGUGGCACCUGUGGUAUUUACGUGAAGUCCAUAACACGAUUUAGAAUGAACAGCAGCUUGGCCAUAGUUGCUGGGGGGCCUCGCCCAUUUCCUGAGCCCCGAUCUGCCUGGCAGCCCCUAAACGUCCCUUUGCCCACAUCUGCCAAUGGGUCCAAGAAGGACAUGGGCACACAGACCUCUGGCCUGUUCUACCCGUCUGGCAAGCUCCUGGCAAAGAAGGAACUGGAGGCGGCUUCUCACAGGCAGAGGCAGGAGAAGAUGAGUGACCACAGGCUGGUCCUCACAGCUGUCAGCCCAGGAAGAGGCUACUGGAGAAAGCAGUUGGACCACAUCUCUGCUCACCUCAGGUCCUAUGCUCAGAACAACCCUGAAUUCCGGGCCUUGAUUGCAGAGCCCAGGAUGGGAAAGCUUAUCUCUGCCACUGUCCAUGAAGAUGGCUAUGAAGUUAGCAUCAGGCUGAACUAUAUUCAAGUCUCAAACAAGAGCCUGUACUUCAACAAGUCGGUGAAUCUCAGUGACCACUUUCUGAGCAGUAUCAGCGAAGGUGGGAAUGGGCUGUAUGACAGCAGGUCCAGCUUAGUGAGUGCCUACAGCCAGAGCAUCUCAGACAACCCUGAAAGUGUCAAGAAGAUGAAGAAUCUUAAGGCCAAAAGCUUCCAUGUAAACCCAGAGCCACUCACACCUGAAAACAAACUCCUGCUGGAGGAAGUUGGCUCCACAGGGAAAGGAAGACUGUCUGUGCUGGAACAGCUGCUGGAUGAAGUUCAGAAAUACAGCUCUUCACGAAGCAACUCUACUUGGCCUGGAAGGAAGGGAGAGCAUCGCCACUUUACUGGGGUGCAAUGCAAACACCCAAAAGAAGAACACAAGAGGCCAGACAGCAUAUGACAUCGCUCUGGAGAUGGGGGAUGACCUCACCUCCUCACUUUUUGCCACCAAGUUCACCC